GGAGAAGGGGGCACUGGGGCAGUCUAUCCACUCAGCAGUGCCAAGGGUUGGGGCCACCGGGGGAAUUUGGAAGGGAACAGCCCACCAUGUCAUCAUUCAGGGUUUUCCAGAGGGAUAACCAAUUGGCUGCUAGAGUAACAAAUGACAAGUAACCUGACUCCACUGACCCGCUUAACCCUGCUUUUGGAGGAUGAAAAGGAGCAGUUGCUUGCUCUAAACCAGCGGCACAGGCUUGGGGAUGCACUGAUAAGAUGGCCGACCAAAGACAGAGGGCUCUGUCGGCAUCUGGCGAAGCGCUAUAUGAGAUUCUCGGCCUACAGAAGGGAGCGGCCCACGAAGAAAUUAAGAAAACCUACAGAAAACUGGCAUUGAAAUAUCACCCAGACAAGAACCUGGACAACCCAGAGGCUGCAGAAAAGUUUAAGGAAAUCAACAACGCCCAUACGAUAUUGACGGACUCCUCCAAGAGAAAUAUAUAUGAUAAAUAUGGAUCCCUGGGGCUGUAUGUGGCCGAGCAAUUUGGGGAGGAAAACGUGAACACCUACUUCAUGCUGUCAAGCUGGUGGGCAAAGGGCCUGUUUGCCCUCUGCGGACUUUUGACGGGCUGCUAUUUUUGCUGCUGUCUGUGCUGCUGCUGCAAUGGCUGCUGCGGGAGGUGUCGCCCUAGACCCUCAGGAGAGAAAGAGGAGGACGACUACUACGUGUCCCCCGAGGAUCUGGAGGAGCAAAUCAAGACAGACAUGGAAAAAGAUGGCGACACUCCGAUAGCCCUCCAGCCGACCAACGCAAACGAGAAAACCCAGCUCAUCGGGGACGACCGCCGCAGCUACUGCACAGACUCGUAGCCCCAGCAAGCCACAGCAAUGCUGCAAGAUCCUAUAUCUUUUCCCUGUUGGUAGUUUACCAUUAGUCAGGCUAAGGUAAUUGCAAUUUUCUGACCAUGCAGAACCUCUCUAAAGGGGGAGUUUUAGAGACACUAAUUUGGUCAAGACAGAUUCCUGGGAAGAGUGUAUUUUUGCUCCCCUUGAGAGAUAUCACUGGAGCACCCUACACAUGCUUUAUGUUUGGACCACUUCUUCGUCAAUAAACACGACUGAAAUUAA